AUGGCUGUCUCGCGCCUGCAGCAUGCGCUGGCGUUGCUGGAAGACGCAGGUGAUGAGGGGGAUGAUGGACUCUUGUCGGGCUUGACGAGCGAGAAUGCAGACUCUGCUCAGGAUGGGCCUAGCUUGGAUGACCUAGUCAAGGCACGUGAACAGCGCCAGCAGCGCCAGGAGACCGAUGACCCCGCAGCCCCUGCCGCGCCCGUUGGUUCCGGCCUCGGCUCCGAUCAGCAGACUGCCGCUGGCCAAGCCGAAGCCGUCACCAUGGGAGACGUCAUCGAAGUGCUGCUUGUGCGAGCGCUUGCUGUUCUAGAGGCCACGACUUGCGACCAGGUUGGGAAUAUGGCUGGGCCUAUCCCACAACGGACUGAGCCCUUGCACAUUCCGGAAGACCUACAAGCGGCCAUGGAUAACGUGGCCACCUCCUGGGAUGCAGCUGCAACCCUGGGCGAGGAGGCCAACGCCCCGGUCGUGACGUGGCGCUUUGUGGUGCGGCUUACUCAAGCACUGGCAAGUGCGCUGCAACACGAAGCAGAGGCCCUGCAGCGUCGUGCUGACCUGGCACAUCGCACCUUCUUUCUGCUGUUGCGCUUUGGUGUGCUGCCCUACUUGCCGCCGGAGGCAGCUGCACACUUUGCCGUUCGCCAUCCUGUCCAAGCCGCCAUUCCCGGCCUGAGCCUGGUUGUGGGUCAGCGUACUGCCUUCUUGACUGGCUUUCUCCAGCACCUUUUGAAUACAGGGGGCCCUUUUGCCAUUCGCAUGGUCCCCGAUGCCUUUGUGCGCGCCACCUUGGCCCUCAACGUGACUCUUGCUUUCCAGCCCGCCGCUCGCCGCCACCCACACCGCGCUCGACACUCUCAAAGAUUGCGCCGCUUGCUGGAGGCCUUGCCUGUUGGUGCCAGCAUUGACGCCUUGCUCCUACUCGUGGCAGAUCCAGCCCCGAGACCUCCGACCUCAUUGCCGCUCAGCUCCACGCCUGAAGAGGAGGCUCUACGUCCAACCUGGCUGGCUCGCGCUGCGCGAACCCUUUUAGCCCUUCAGUUUGCCCGGCCUCGCGGUGUGGCGGCUGCCUGCCGCCUAUUGAUGGAGGAAGCCAACGAUAGCAUGGCUCGCGAUCAAGCGGAUCGUGCCAUCAUGAUCAUUUGCACAAUACCCAAGCAAACUAUGUUUAAACCCAAGGAUUAUGCCCAGGCCAUAGCUGCACAAGUGCUAGAGCUUCUUCAAACGCAACCAGAGGCCGCACGCCCAGUUGUGAGUGCCGCUCUCUUUGGGAUGCUUGGCAACCUAUUACAGCAACACUUGGACGUGCUGCAGCCCACCAUUGCCAACGCACUCUGGCCCACCCUUCUCCUCCUUGAGAAAGAAAAUGCAAAAUCCCUGCUGACCCAAAAUCUCUCGGAUGAUUUGAAACAUUUGCAUGAAGCCGAUGCUUUGGCGGCAGAGCUACGUCUUUGGGCCCAACUGGUCGACUUGUGCCGCGAGCCAGCCCCAUUUGUCCGUUUGCUGUUGCCACACUUCGAUGCCGUUGCUGCCCUGGCCUUUGUCGAACAAAGCAACAAAGGCCUUGCUGGCGCCACCAAACUGCUUGGCAUGCUGCUACAGCUUGGUCCCCAGGAUGUCCUGGCGCCGACCUGCGCAGCUUUGCUCUGUGACAAGCCCUUGAUGCCCCGCGCACAUGUGACGCGAACGCUUGCGGGUGAGAUGGUCAUCCAAGCCGGCCAGGAUUUGGCACCUAACCGCGACGACUUUUGCAAUUUCAUCUUGGCUCAAGUCCGAGCUGCGCAUCGCCAACGGCUCAAACUUCGUAUUUUGGCAGCUUUGGCUGAGCGCUUGAGAGAGCACACAACAUCAGACGAGGAUGCGGAGGGCAUGUUCCGUGCCGUGGCCGCUCUUCACGCCCUGCUGGAAGACGUCAGCGCCGACUUGAUGCGCCUUCCCGAAGAGACCUUGCAGCUGAUUGAAGUGAUCAUUGCCAUCCCGCUGCCGGAUGUGCGUGCUGUCGGGCUCAAUCUGCUGGAACUGUUACUGAGUGCCCAGCUGGACCAGUUGGCGCCCACUGGUGUUGGAGCCCAACUCGGUAACGAGGAUCCGGAAAACGAAGCAGCUUUGCUUGCCCAAGCCCAAGAGUUGCGACAAGCCAUUGUCACGCGCGCGGCACGAUGGUCCGGGCUGGGUUCCACGCCAUCCUCAACGGACACCCCCGACAAUGCCGGCGUACACCGGAAGCUCAACGAGUUGGCGGGACAACUAGCAGCACCACAAAUUCCUCUGCGCGCGCAUGCUCUGGUCGAAAUGCGCAAAUUCCUCGCCGCCAAUCCGGACACGGCGCAAGCACACGCAACCGUUCUUGCCGGGCUCUACCUAUCUCAACUCAAGCAUGAGGACAGCUUUCUGUAUCUACCCGCUGUGAACGGCUUGGCAGACUUGGUGGCCAUGACACCCAAGACGAUGAUAGCCACUCUACUGCAGGAAUGGGCGACCAAGAGCAUGAGCCCCGAAUAUCGGAUGAAGGUUGGAGAAGUUUUGGUCAAAGUUUGCCGUCUCUUGGGCCAGCGCGUCAAAGAUGCCGAUGAGUUGGUAGCUGCGUCUGCCUUGAGCAAUCUGGCCGACAUGUGCGCGCUUUUGCGCUUCAGCUUGGCCAAGUACCUGACCGAAAUCUUGGUGCUUGUGGAGGAUUUGCUGCAAAGCGAGAGUGAGCAGCGGCGGCGUGGUGCACUAAAUAUAUUGGUGGUGUGCUUGCGCUCUCUGACAACGGAUGACAUGACGCGACUAGCAGCUGAGCUGCGCGCUGUGCGUGAGCUUGUUGCACGCAGUUUGGCUUUGGAACAGGACGAGGUGGCGCGGACGCAUGCAGCGUUGGCCCAAGAUGAGCUGGAUCGCCUGCGAGACGCAUACAUUGCUCCCCUAAGCACCCUUACCCCACAAGACCUCAUCUUUCGCCUCGGCAACCUGACUCCGCAGUACGUCAUUGCCGCCAUCACCCAGGCCCUGCAGGAUGGCUGGGGGAACCCGUCCAGUGCGCACGGACCUGGUCGACAAGCAAAAGCGAUGAUACAGCAGGCCCGCCAGCAAGUGGCGGACAUGGUGCACGCUACCCGACCAGAACAGAUCAUAUUCACCAGCGGUGGUACAGAGGCCAACAACUGGGUGAUCCAGGAUGUGGUAGCCCAAAGCACCCAGCGCCUACAGUCCCAGGAACGGCCGCACGUCAUCACGAGUAACGUGGAGCAUGAUUCGGUGAAAAACGUCCUGCAGCACCUCGAGGCUCAGGCAGCAAUCGACGUGACCUGGGUACCAGUGCAGUCGGAUGGUCGUGUUUUGGUGACCGAUGUAUUGACGGCCAUCCGUUCAAACACGUGUCUCAUCACUCUCAUGCUGGCCAACAACGAGACGGGUGCACUGCAGCCAGUGGGCGAAGUUGGAGCGGCGCUAGAAGACAUCAACCGCGAGCGCGAGCAGCCCGUUGUCCUUCACACGGACGCAGCACAGGCCAUCGGCAAGCUUGACGUGGACGUUGCUGCCUUGAAAGUUGAUGCGCUGACCAUCGUGGGUCACAAGUUCUAUGCACCCCGGAUCGGUGCCUUGUUCGUGCGGACACGAGGAGCGCCUGUGCAAGAAAACUCCAGCAAUGUUCAGACCAGUGGCAGCGAUUGGUACCGCAUCCGCGCGAGCCUAUAUGGAGGAGGCCAAGAGGCGGGCGAUAGGCCUGGCACCGAGAACACCCCAAUGAUUGUGGGUUUGGGCCAGGGGGCUGCGGUCGUACGAGAGAACCUGGCGGCCCAUCAAGCCCAUAUGGAAGCGAUGCAAAAUCGCCUCUAUUCUGGUUUGAAGGCCUUUGGCUCGGAACAGGUGCAUUUGAAUGGAGUGCACGAGGAUACGCCUCGCCUGUGCAAUACGCUAAACUUUUCUCUUCUCAACUCUGACUUGACGGGAGCAGAUCUUUUGGCCAAGGCUGGCAUCAUGGCGUCCGUGGGCAGUGCGUGCCAUUCCCAUCUUGGCAGAAGACCAUCACACGUUCUGCUCGCCUCGGGCGUGCCUCCCGAAAUUGCGUGGGCCGUGACACCACCGCCGAGGACAUUGACGGAUUUAUCGAUGCUCUACGCCAAGCUGCAACAUUGA